CGGUCCGUUAAUGCGAGUUCUCUUCCCCGUCGGAUUACAGCCGAGGCAGCACGCAAAAGGGACGGCUACCGAGCCAUAAAACGUCGAAUAAAGCCAAGAUACCAACAUGAGCGGAGUACAGUGCCUCGCCACAGAGAACGUCUGGUUUGACAAACACCGUUACGAUGAGGCUGAAAAACGCUUCUACGAGGGAGCAAAUGGCCCCUCUACACAGCAGGUGAAAACGGCCCUGCAGCAGGCCAAAGGGCGCCAGCAGAAACGGCAGCACAGAAACUCCUCUUCACAUGCAGGAGGAGACCACGAGCUGACCUCUCGCAUGAAGAGCUUGGAGCUGGAGAACAAUACUCUGCACAAAGUGGUGGAGGAGAUGAGAGCAGCCCUGCAAAAACUGGAGACCAGAGUGGCUACACUGGAAAGAAGUCCUGCAUCAGCAGCCGUCCCUUGUGCUAAGGCUGCUCCAGUGCAACAGGUAAACGGUGAUGAUGAUGAUGAUGAUGACGACGACGUAGACCUGUUCGGUAGUGAUUCUGAUGAUGAUGAGGCAGCACGCCUUAAGCAGGAGCGCCUGGAUGCAUAUGCAGCCAAGAAGGCCAAGAAACCCACCCUGAUCGCCAAGUCGUCCAUCCUGCUGGACGUCAAGCCUUGGGACGAUGAGACAGAUAUGGCGAAGCUGGAGGAGUGCGUGCGCACAGUGCAGAUGGAUGGGCUCCUGUGGGGAGCAUCCAAACUGGUGCCAGUGGGUUACGGCAUCAAGAAGCUGCAGAUCAACUGCGUCGUUGAGGACGACAAAGUUGGAACUGACAUUCUUGAGGAGGAGAUCACCAAGUUUGAGGACUUUGUCCAGAGUGUAGACGUUGCUGCCUUCAAUAAGAUCUAAGCUCCACCUCUUUACCUUCCCACCAAAGUGUUGCUGCUGCUCCGGGCUAGCACGGUUAUUAAAAUGCUUUGCUUUGAGCACAAA